AUGGCGACCCGAGCGAGUCUGGCUGUUGAAGAACUGGCCCACGACAGGUCUGCUGUCGAGCAGUACUGCUAUCACGUCACGCACAGCCAGGACGGUCUGUCUACUAUCAUUGGUGCUGGACAGAAGCAUGCUGCUACUGUCCAGGGUGGUUUCUAUCUCAGAGGCGAUGUCCCUGCGGCUGUGAACUUCGAAAUUCACAACAAGCAGAAGGAUGGAAUUCACACCCCCAACCAGGCGGACUACGAGACCUAUCUGUGGAAGAUGGCCGAUUCGAACUCCGAGUGCUACGGUAGCAAAGAACAGGAACCCUGGCCUGGAUGUUCAAUAUCACAAUGA